AUGGAUUCUACAACAACCUUCCAUGGAAAAGAAGAAUUCGAUUACAAAGGCUUAUCAUGGAUCAGUCCUCCGGCUGGUUUAGGGGCUCUGGUUGCCGAUGGCCAGCUCGAAAUUGAUCAUCACCGCUGUUUUGUGCCUAAAAAGUGUGUCCAUCGCUUUACAGGCCACAACAAAGGUGUGCACCGAAUUCGCCUUUUCCCCCAGACUGGGCAUUUGAUUCUUAGUGCUGGUUUAGAUGGGAAGUGCAAGGUUUGGUCGGUUGAGCAAAAGCAAGUCAUGCGAACAUACAUUGGCCAUUCUGCCGCCGUGCGGGAUGUACAAUUUAAUCAUGAUGGUACUCGUUUCAUUUCUGCUUCAUUUGACCGAUACCUCCGUCUCUGGGAUACAGAAUCCGGCAAAGUUUUACAGACAUUCACUAACAGAAAGGUACCCUAUGUGGUUCAGUUCUAUCCCCACGACGACAAUUUGUUCGUGGUUGGUUGUAGUGACAACAAGAUUGUAACGUACGAUGCCACCACAGCCGAAGUUACACAAGAGUACAACCAUCAUUUGGCGCCAGUGAAUUCAAUCUUGUUUGUGGAGGAUCAUGGAACAAAGAUGGUGACCACCAGUGACGAUAAGAAGGUACUCGUGUGGGAGUGGGAUAUCGGUGUUCCGAUCAAAUACAUAUCGGAUCCAUCUAUGCAAUCAAUUCCGUCUACAACAUUGCACCCUUCACAUCAGUACUUUUGUGGACAAAGUCUGGACAACACAAUUGUUGUAUUUCAAGCCAAUAAUCGCUUCGCUCUUCAACGAAAAAAGAAGUUUUCGGGGCACGUGGUCUCUGGCUAUGCAUGUGAGAUUGCUUUCAGUCCAGAUGGACAGUUUCUUGUAAGCGGAGACGGUAAUGGAAGCGUGUUUGUUUGGGACUGGAAAAAGCACAAAAUUUUGCAAAAAUUUCGUGCGCAUAGUAGCGGGCCUGCAAUAUGCUGCGUAUGGCAUCCCUUAGAACCCACCACACUGUUUACGUGUGGAUGGGACGGUCUCAUUAAAAUGUGGCAGUAGUAG